AUGGAGGAGCAACAAGAAUCUCCUAUAUCUGGAGUAAAACCCACUGUUACAUCUUCAAGAACCGUUCCUCCUGGGCAGAGCCUCAUUGCAGAGCGACGUAGAAGCAAACCCGAUAUUGUUCUGCGAUCCGAAGUUCCUAGAAUCAGUUCCGGACCAGCUGAAAUUACCACACCUGUAUCUGCUACCUUUCGACCGAGAAGCGAUUCACUCAUAAGCAUUGAACAUCCCAUUCUAGAGCUUCCUAUCGAGGAGUCUCUGUUAUCGCCCGAGACCAAAGAUCCUCAUCCCGACUCCUUAGGCCCAACACAUGAUGAGGUCGGAAAUAGACCCAUUGAAGCUCCCCUCACCAAAACUCCGACGAUUGAGCUUCCUUCCCUAAUAUCUACCAUUCCAGUGAAGCCUUUGCCCGAAAUAGUAAACGAGCCACAGGCGACCAUCUCUGCGGCCGAUAAGGAAACGUGGGAUCGGACACUACCACGUGUGAUUCGUGGUAUUGUCUCUAUCAGGGCUACAACCGUUCGGCCGUUCGAUACCGAAACUGCUGGUGAUUACACCGCAACUGGCUUUGUAAUUGAUGCCAAGCGUGGUCUCAUUCUUUCGAAUCGACAUGUAGUCUCACCAGCGCCGAUCACGGCUGUUGGUAUCUUCUUCAACUACGAGGAAGUCAAACUAGCGCCAAUCUAUCGAGACCCGGUACAUGAUUUUGGAAUUUUCCGUUAUGAUCCGGCAGACCUGAAGCAUAUUACCGCAACUGAGAUUCCUCUGAGACCCGAUUUAGCCCGCGUCGGCCUCGAUAUCAAAGUCGUUGGUAACGAUGCUGGCGAGAAAUUGUCUAUCCUGGGUUCUACCCUGGCUAGGCUGGACCGACCCGCCCCAGUAUACGGUUCUGACAUGUAUAAUGAUUUUAAUACGUUCUACUUUCAGGCCGCUAGUGGUACCAGUGGAGGCAGUAGCGGUUCUCCUGUUUUGAACGUACAAGGUGAAGCUAUUGCUCUCAAUGCUGGAGGCAGUCGAUCGUCUCAAUCUAGCUUCUAUCUCCCAUUGGAUCGUGUUGUCAGAGCUGUCGACUUGAUCAAACAAGGGAAACAUGUUCCUCGAGGAACUUUGCAGACCGAGUUUUUCCAUCAGAGCUAUGACGAGUUGAAAAGGCUUGGCAUGUCUGAUGAAAACAUGAUGGCCUGCCGUCAAAGAAAUUCUGAGGCUACAGGGCUCCUUACAGUCCGUAUGGUAUUGAAAGGUGGCCCGGCCGCUAGUCCCCAGCCAACAAAUGCUGCAAAUAAUACGGAAGAAGAUCCUAAUAUUCCCAUCAAAGGCCUCGAACCUAGUGAUAUCCUUCUCACAUGUAAUGGGAAAUAUAUUACCAAUUUUAUCGGGCUCUGGGAGAUUAUAGACGACUCAGUUGACAAGGAAAUCACCUUAGAAGUCUACCGUGCGAAAGUUCUUCGAAAGUGUACUCUGAAGGUACAAGACUUGCAUAGCAUCACUCCUGACCGUUUCCUCCACUUUGGAGGCGCCAUCUUCCAUGACGCUUCUUACCAGGAGUGUCGUUGGUAUAACGAGGCAAUUGGAAACGGAACUUUCUGCGCAUCUUCGGGCUUCAUGAUGUGGAACUCCUAUUCUCGUGACUUCCUUGUCACAAAGGUUGAUGGUAAACCUACACCAAAUCUCGAAGUGUUCAUGCAAGUCAUCAAAGAAAUCCCGGAUUACAAGCGGAUACAGUGUAUGACAAGGGGUCUUGGUAAAUCCGAUGAUCAAUUGUUAAUGGUCGACAUGGACUGGCACUUUUACCCCUCCAGCUUGUUUGUCCGAGAUGAUGAUAAUGGUGUCUGGAGAAGAGAGGAUAUCUCGCCUCCGGCAGCUGUCGAAGAUGUGAAGGCUCUUGCACCCCCACCUAGAGAUGGUGAAACGGAUUCUGCUAUUGAUGUUGAAUCCGUUCCUUCAUCGCCGCAGACUCCUGAGACGGAGGCUCCAACCACGGCCCCCCAGGAACUUAGUCCGCAAGUAGAAAGCGCGGAUGAAGAUGCAGACGAAGAAGAAGAAGAAGAAGAAGAAGACACACCUCUUGAUGUCGCUAUUGAAGAACUUAGGUGCUCAAUGGCCUACGUUAGGUGUUUCCUCCCGCACACCAUUUACGGCCAUACUAGCAACCAAAGCUACAGUGGCGUUGGCCUCAUUCUAGCCGUGGAUCCUAUUCCGCUCGUAUUUUUCGACCGUACUUGUAUUCCUACCGACAUGGUGGACAUUCGCCUGACUAUAGCCAACAAAAACAUUGCCGGCCGUAUCGUCUACAUGGGCGACUUCGUCCUCCUCACAUUUGAUAAGGCGCUUCUUCCAGAGGGUAGCAAGAUUCUCAUUCCAGAAUGGGAUCCCAAGCCCCUCAAGGUUCGCGAGUCGGUCAAGAUCUUCGGCUUGACUUCGGAUCAAUUGCUCAGUACGAAGGAAACUACGAUCAGCUCUAUUGGUACGAAUUCGAACACCUGGGCAUGCAAUCCACCUCGCCAUAGAUUGAUAAACACGGAAAACAUCUCAAUUGCUGAAGGAGCUUCCUGCUGGGGUGGAGUAAUUGUUCGCAUGGAGCAAUUGAAGAGCGUAAAAAAGGGAGAAAACGUCAAGGUUGCUGCAUGGAUGAUGACUGUAUCGUCGCAAUCGAGCGGAACUGAUUCAUACUGGACUCAGGGUAUCGAUUUGCAUCGUUACGUCCUCCCCAUCGUUAGAGAGAUUGAAGAAAAGAAGUUGGCAAGGUAUGAUCACUCGACCUGGGAUUUGGGCUUCGAGUUUUCGGACGCGGCUUUGCCGACAGUCUCCGCUAUGGGAUUGUCACAGAAGAGAUUCAAUGACUUCGUCAAACAGGCCAAGAAGAUAAGGGGUGUUGCUAGGCCCUUGAUUGUUGAGACGAGGAUGCAACCACCAAAGACGACGCUUACAGAGGAAGAAGAAGCAAAGGGCCUGAAGGUUGGUGAUAUUUUGCUAGAGAUUGAUGGAAAACCGAUCUAUAAGGUUGCUCAACUUACGGAAUUUAACUUCGAAGGACGGGAGACAGCUUCUGUUUUGGUCUUAAGGAAUAGCCAAGAACUUUUGUUGAACGUUCCAAUUGUGAAAAGUUGGCCAAAUACUGGCGAUCGAGUGAUUCAGAUCUUUGGGGCAAUCGUGCACGCUUCACAUGCUGCUGCGAUCGAGCAAGUCGCCAAGACAGCUAGAAACGUCCCAUUGGACUCUGAAGGUUUAUAUAUCUCUGGCGUAAGCUAUGGAUCCCCUGCUCUUGACAAAAUGCGGCCGACUUUCUGGAUUUUGUCUAUUGAUGAUCACCCAGUUUCUACCAUCGACGACGUCCUUCAACUUGCACGAGAGAGAAAGUGGGCGCAGGGCGAGUAUGUUCGCAUCAAGCAAGUUAAUAGGGUGGGAAUUACCAGUAUCGCGUCGGUCAAGGUCGAUGAUCGUUUCUGGCCACUAUACCAAUGGAGGAUGAGCCACGAGACUGGAAAGUGGAAGAUGACAAAAGAAACCGGUUUACAAUAUAACAGUGAGCUUUCUGACAACGGAAUGAAACGGUUCAAGGACAAGGCUGUUCCAUCUCCUUCUGCUUCGUCGGGGACCGUUUAG